UCAGGAGUGCUAGGAAGUCAGCUACUUGGUAAAAACAUGGAGGAACCUAGCACAGCAGUCAGUACGAAAAAACAGUCUCUGUUCAACAACAGGAACGACCCGGUCAAGAAUUUCGAGAAAUGGAAGAAGAAAUACUCAAAGAAGAAGGAGAAGUGCAAGCAACAGAGGAAGCUCAGUAAGAAGCCGGAGUGGCAGAUAGAGAGAGAGAACAUCAAUCGCCUGGUGCAGCGCUACACAGAGGUCAACACCAGUGAAAUCAAUAGAUUUUCAGAUUUUCCAUUGUCAAGAAAAACACUUAGAGGUCUAAUGGAAAAGCAAUAUCGGGUUCCUACAGAAAUUCAGAAGCAGACGAUUGGCUUAGCAUUACAAGGAAAAGAUGUUCUCGGGGCUGCGAAAACUGGUUCUGGUAAAACCCUGGCUUUCAUUAUUCCAGCCUUAGAAUGCCUGUAUCGCCAGCAGUGGACAGCAGAUGAUGGUUUGGGGGUGCUGAUCAUAUCGCCUACCAGAGAACUUGCUUAUCAGACAUUUGAGGUUCUCCGGAAAGUUGGACAUAACCAUGAAUUUUCUGCUGGGCUCAUAAUUGGUGGAAAGGACCUGACACAGGAAAUUGCACGUAUACACCGCACCAACAUACUGAUUUGUACUCCUGGUCGUCUGCUGCAGCACAUGGAUGAGACCUCAUUCUUCCACACUUCAAAUCUUCAGCUUCUAGUGCUUGAUGAAGCUGACAGGAUCCUAGACAUGGGCUUUGCAGAUACAAUGAAUGCAAUUGUAGAAAACCUUCCAAAGAAACGUCAAACUCUCCUCUUCUCUGCAACGCAGACAAAAUCUGUUAAGGAUCUUGCACGUUUGAGCUUGAAAGAUCCAGAGUAUGUGUCGGUUCAUGAAAAAGCAAAAUUCAGUACUCCAGCAACAUUGGAACAGAAUUAUGUUGUAUGCGAACUUCAUCAAAAGAUAAACUUGCUGUAUUCCUUUGUGAGAAACCACUUAAAGAAAAAGAGCAUCGUAUUUUUUGCAAGCUGCAAAGAGGUUCAGUACCUAUUCAGAGUAUUCUGCAGGCUGCGGCCUGGUACUCCUGUCCUAGCUCUGCAUGGAAAGCAACAGCAGAUGAAGAGGAUGGAGGUAUACAAUGACUUUGUAAGGAAGAAAGCUGCCGUGCUUUUUGCUACUGAUAUCGCAGCUAGAGGGUUAGAUUUCCCAGCCGUAAGUUGGGUUCUGCAGCUUGAUUGCCCAGAAGAUGCGAAUACGUACAUUCACAGAGUUGGACGAACAGCAAGGUACAAGGAAGGAGGAGAAGCUUUAUUAGUCCUGCUUCCUUCUGAACGAAAAGGGAUGGUGCAAGACCUUGAAGGGAAGAAGGUGCCCAUUAAUGAAAUCAAAAUUAACCCUGAGAAGCUGUUAGAUGUGCGUGAUCGGUUGCAAGCUUUUUUGGCACAAGAGCAAGAACUGAAAGAGCGAGCUCAACGAUGUUUUGUUUCUUAUUUGCGUUCCGUCUAUUUGAUGAAGAACAAGGACAUUUUCAAUGUGUUAAAAUUGCCUCUCGCACAGUAUGCAAAUUCUUUGGGUCUUGCAGUAGCUCCCAGGGUGAGAUUCCUCCAAAAAACAAUAAAUACUCAAUCUACUGUGGAGCAAAGUAAAAAGCCUGCAGACCCAGAAUCUAUCAGUGAUGAAGAAAUAGAAAAAUUCCGAGCUCAAUUGGCUGAUAAGAAUCCAGACAAAGCAGUUACAAGUGAAAUGAAUGAAUCGGAGGAGGAACAAGAAGGCUCUCAUGAAGAGCAAGAUGAAAACCUAAGCCACGCUCCCUUGCAGUUUAUGGACGAUGAUGACGAGGAUGAGGAUUGCCGAGAUCUCGAUAUCUUAACGGUGAAGCGAAGAGAUGUUUUUGGUAUCGAGGAAUCAGACUCUUCUGUGGAAAAUGAAACUACCAAAUCGAAACUUAAGAAAAUAGAAAAAAUAACUAAAACUAAAGAAGCCAAAAAAGUAUUAAAGAAGAAGUUUCAAGUGAACACAAAAAUUGUUUUUACAGAUAAUGGAGAGAUGAUCCAGCAGUGGCCGCCAGCACAAAAUAGCAGAAUACAAGUCGAGGCGGAAGAUAAUUCCAGCGGCAUCAACUUGGCAAAAGCAAAAGAGCGGCUGCACGAGGAAGAUAAGUACGACAAAGAAGCAUACAGGCAAAAAAUCAAGGAGAAGCAUAGGGAAAAGAGGCUAAAGGAAAAAGCUGCCCGAAGAGCAGGAAAGAAAAAAGAAGAGGAGGAAGAGGAUGAAGCUGUGGCUUAUCUUGACCAUAACAGUGAGGAUGAAGUUGAUCUCAGUGCACUGCCUGACCCUGACAAAUACAAAGAUGUAGAUGAAAAUGAUGAGUCUGUGGAAGAAAACAGUGACAAUGAGGAAGGACGGCCAAGGAAGAGACCGUACAGCGACCAAUCUGAGAAUACCAUAGAGGCAUCUGCAUCUAGCAAAAAGAAGGCAAAGAAGGGCCGUAAAGAGCAGUUUGAGCCCCUAGAUACAGGACUUUCCCUGGCAGAAGAUGAGGAACUGGUAUUACAUCUUCUAGGGAACAGAAGUUAAAUAUCUACAAUAGCUUUUUUCUCUAAAUCUGCCUUCUCAGGUCAAACUAAAAUCAAUUUCACAUCAAAGCAGUUUAGUAUUCUGGGACACUAAUAAACUGACUUCAUGGAAUGGAAUUCAAAUGUACAGUCUAAAUGGAAAAUAUAUAAUGCUGAUCCAGAAUCCAUAUAUGUAAGACAUUUUUUUACUGGUAUAUUUUUAAAGGAACAUGAAACACAAUUUUUUUUUUUUUCUGUCAUGAUUUAGAGAAAGCAUGCAAUUUUAAACAACUUUCCAAUUUACUUCUAAUAUCUAAUAUGCUUCAUUCUCUUUAUAUUCUUUGUUGAAAAGCAUAUAUAAAUAAACUCAGUAGCUGCUGAUUUGAGGCUGCACAUAGAUGCCUCGUGUGAUUGACUCACCCAUGUGCAUUGCUAUUUCUUCAACAAAGGAUAUUUGAAAAUGAAGCAAAAUAAAUAAUAGAAGUAAAUUGGAAUGUUGUUUAAAAUUAUAUUUUCUAUCUGAAUCACGAAAGAAAAAAUGUGUGUUUUAUAUCCCGUUAAUCAUAAAACUUUAUGUAUUUGCUAUUAUAAACCUUCACUUUGUUAUAGUUGCUGUUAUAAAUUGUUGCAUGUUUCACCUAUGAAAAGACUGGAAUGUGCACACAUUUUUAAAGAGAAAAAUAACUUUUAUCUGCAAAAAUGUCCUGAUUUCAUCUACAUAUUUGUAUUCUUUUCUCUUUCUGUUGUGUUUAAAAUCGUACCAACAUUGCAGAAUAAAGAUCAUUAUUAUUAAUAGCUAUAA